UUCAACGAACCCAUCAUGGGGGACUCAAAGCUCUGCCUUUUGCUUCUUCUGAGCACAUCUGCCUUGGCUUUUGCCCAAGAUGAAGAUCAUCCAACCUGUCUGCUGGCUAAACGGUACAAGACCCUGCACAAGUACGAAUACCAAUACGAAGCUGAAUCCCUGAACGCCAUCACUGGAGCCUCACAGCUCAAAAAUGGACCCAAGGCUUCUUGCAUGGUUGAAAUCGAAGUGCCGCAGACUUGCAGUUUCAUUGUACGCACCAAAGGCUGCAGCCUGAGCGAGGUGGCCGAAAUGGACGCAGAGGGUAACCCUGUGUUCAGACCUGCACCAGGCUCAGACGCUUUUGCUGCUGAAAUGGAGAAGUACCCCCUGAAGGUUGUGGUUGAGGGUGUGUACGAUGUUAAACUGUACCCUGAGGAAGGCGAGACAACAACAAUCUUGAACGUCAAGAGGGGCAUCAUCUCCGCUCUGGCUGUGCCUCUGGUGGAAGAAGACAAGAACAAGUACAUGCCCACCGUUCACGGCAAGUGCAAGACCUAUUCCACUGUCAACGCAAGAGAGGACAUUCCAACCGACAUCACCCUGAAGAGAGAUCUGUCCAAAUGUGACAAAUUUGUCCCAAUGAAGGAUUACACCAGCCCCCUGGCAGUUUUCUCUGGCAUGCACUACCCUCUUGCCCAGCUGGUCAGAAGCUCCCAGACUUGCAACUACAAGUUUGACAACGAGAAGAAACACAUGAUCUCCGGCUCCUGCACUGAGAAACACAUGCUGAUCCCCUUCUCUCACAAGGGAGAAUUUGGAGUUACCAACAUGGGAAUGCAACAGAUGACUCUGAUUGAGGUGACUCCUCACAACGACAGAGUCUUCGACCACAGUGAUAUUAUCAAGGGUCUCAACAUGGAGGUUGUGGAGGACAAGACUGUUACACAGGACAAGGAUGCCGCUCUGACCCUCCUGGGUGAACUCGCUGCUCUGCCCGAGACUGAAGGCGAGAGGAGGGCCCACCUCUUCCACAAACUCGUCACCAUGGUCCGCGGAAUGAAGGCCGAGACCCUGAGCCCCGCAGUUCCUGAGGCCCUCGCAGUGUCCCGUGUCCUGACCUACCAGGUUCUGGCCCAGUGCGGAACCCCUGAGUGCAGCAGUGCCAUCAUGCAGAUCCUCAGGACCUUCGACAACUCCGCACCCGAGGUUGACGCCGCCGUCUUUGCUAUGGGUCUUGUGUCCAAUCCUUCUGCUCUCCUGAUCAAUGACAUGCUUGAGAUGGCCAAAUACAAGCCCAGCAAGGCCAUCAUGUACGCUCUGAGCAACGUGGUCAAGAGGUUUUACAAAGCAGAGGGCAAAAUGAUCCCUGAGAUUAAUGCUGUUGCUGAGUUCAUGGCCGCCCAGCUGGGUGACUGCACCGGUGACAAAGACCAGACUUUCAUGACUUUGAGGGUUAUUGGAAACAUGGCUCCAGCUGUGGUCCCUGUCAGUCCUGCACUCAGAGCUGCUGUAAUGACGUGUGUGAGCCAACCUGCAGCUGCCAUGGCUGUGCAGCAGGCUGCCAUCCAGGUGUUCAGACUGACCGCUGUCCCUGAGGAGAGCAGAGAGGCUCUCAUGCAGGUGGUCUUGGACAGUGCUAGCCCCGUGCAGAAGCGCAUUGCUGCAUAUCUGGUUCUCAUGAAGGAUCCAAAAGAGAGCGAACUGGCCCAGCUGGCUGCUGCCUUGCCCAGUGAGCAGGACACACAAUUCAAGAGCUUCGUGAUCUCCCACAUUACCAACAUUUUGUCCUCAACUGAGCCUGAGACCCUCGACCUGAGACAAAGGAUUCUUAAUGCUCUGCAGGACAAUGAGAUCGGCCAAACUAUGGAUCCCUCCAAGUUCUCUCGUAACUACAAAAUCGGUUCCGUGGAAGGCAACAUGAUCUUUGAGGGUUCUAGCUACCUGCCCAAGGAGGUCAUGCUCGACAUGACUCUUAAGGCCUUUGGCUAUGAUGUUGACAUGAUGGAGAUUGGCAUGGAGGGCCAGGGAUUUGAGCCAACUGUUGAGGCCCUGUUUGGACCAAAUGGUUUCUUCCCAGACACUGCUCUGAAAACAAUGUACUUCGUCUCCGACAACAUGCCAGUCAGACUCAGCGAGAUGCUGAAGAACGUCCUGCCAGCUAUGAGAAGAGACAGGAUGAAGAGACAGACUUCUCAGAACCUGAUGAGGGAGAUUGGACGCAACUUCAACAAACUGGUGAGGGAUCUGAAGAGCGCAGAAUCUCCUGAGGCAAUGGUGUACCUGAGGCUCUUGGGAAAUGAGCUGGGAUAUCUGAGGACCAACGAUUUGGAGGAGAUGGCCUACUCUGCUGCCCUGAUGAUUGACAGCAUGUUGAAGAUGUUCCCUGCUGAUAUGAUGAAGGCAUUGAUGACUACCACCGACAACACCUUCUUCGCCCAUUACAUCUUCAUGGACAAUGAAUUCUUCUUGCCUACUCUCACUGGUGUCCCUCUGAGGAUUGCACUUUCUGGAACUUUCACCCCUGGCGUCAAGGGUGGGCUGAAGAUUGCUCGUGACAUGAGCGAAGUUACCUUCAUGCCCUCCGCUGGUGUUGAGUUCGUGACUCAGAUUGGCUCCCACAUUCCUGAAUAUGUCGACUCUGGACUGGAAAUGCACACCAACAUCUAUCAUGAAAGUGGACUCACUGCCAAAAUCUCCAUGGCUGAUAAGGAGUUCAAGAUGACCAUCCCUGCUCCAACCGGUCCCACAAAACUCAUCAAGAUGACAAACAACCUGGUGGCUGUGACUGGAUCAGGAAGGAUGACAAUCCCCUCCAUGGUGAUGGAUAAGGUUGACUUCAGUGAGUGCACCCCCUUCUUCGCUGGAAUGAAAUACUGCUCUGCUCUGCAGUACACUGAUGCUUUCUCUCAGGAGACAGCUCCCUACUUCCCCUUUACUGGAGACAGCAAAUUUGCUGUGGAGCUCCAUCCUACUGGUGAAGUCACUGAGUACACAGCCACCGUUGCCUAUGAGCUCCUCAGGGAGGGAGAAGAGGGUCGCCAGAAGGUUGACGCUUUUAAGUUCAUUCUGAGGGCUGAAGGUGCAGACCCCACUGAAGCCAGAGCAAUCAUGAAAUACAACAGAAGGAAGAAUGUCAUCACAGCUGACAUCCAGAUCCCUGACUAUGAUGUGGAGGCCGGACUCAGACUGGGUGUUGUUGAUGGUAACACAAAGGGCAAAGGCACUCACUCCAUCUCUCUUGACUUCAUCAACAAGAACAUCCCUCAGCUCUCCCUGGUUGGCCGUGCCAAUCUGAAGGCCAUGAAGGAAGGUAUGAUGCAAGUUCAACUCCUCGUCCCCUCCAUCCGUGCUGAUGCCACUUUCACAGCAAACAUGAAGCGUGAGGAAGAAUUGGAAAUGGAGCUUAAGAGUGAAAUCAAGGUCAUGGACGCUGUAUCUGAGCAGAAGAUUGAAAUGAAAUAUGAUGCCAGCAGAUUUGAGGUUGAGUUCAAAUCUGACGUGAACACCGAGACCACUAACUUGCCAAUCUAUGACAUGGUUGAUCAGUACCUUGACACUCAGGUUGGAGAGACAGACAUGAAAGUCCGUCACAUCUUCAAGAAGUUUGUGGAGGCAUCAAACAACUACAUGGAAAAGUAUGGCGCUGAUAUUCCUUACAUCCAGAACUUGAGAGUGCCUGAUAUGCCUGAGAUGUCCAUGCCUGAGAGACUCUUCCUGAAUACCGAGGCAAAGGCUACCUAUUACUUCAACAAUGAACGUUUCAUCUUUACAAUUCCUCUCCCUCUUGGAGGAAAGUCAACAAACGACUUCAACUUCCCUCCAGUGCUGACCACACCACAGCUGUCUUUCCCUGAAUAUGGACUGGAAAUCGUCUCCAUGGAGAUCCCCAUCCCAAGGCUUUCUGUCCCUGAGGGCAUUACUCUGUCUAUUCCCCUGUUUGGCAAAGCUGAGCUUUCAACAAUGAUGAAAAGCAACCUUUAUGACAUGGAGGCUUCAAUGGCUGCUGGCAAAGAUGUAGUGGAGACACCAAGCUACUCAGCUAAGUUUGAUGUGACAGGAACUUCCCCCAUCGAAAUCCUAUCAGUACACUUUGAAGGCUCUGGAAUGUUGGCCACAACUGACUCCAUCAAAGCCGAAGUGAAAAGCUCUUUGGCCCAUAAAUUCAUGGAAGCCAGUCUCACUAUCACUGAGGAAGCAACCAUUACUGACAAAAUCAAUGUGAAAUCAGUCAGCAAAUUUGAAGCUACUAGCCCACUUGGUCUCAAUAUUGUACUUGACCACACUGGCAUGGCUGGAGUGAAUACUGAAGAACUCACUGCUGAUAGCAACUUUGAUGGUAUGUUCAAGGCCGGACCUAUCUUUGGCAAAACCCUUUCAACCCAGUCUUUCAGCGUCUUCCCAUUCAGACCAGAGGCGAAGCUUGAUUCUUCUGUUCAGCUUGACUCCACAUUUGUUAAAGCCCAGAACACAAUUACAGGAUCUCUUCUUAAUGGCGAAAUCUCAGUUCUGUCUAACACCAAUGCCUUUGAAGACGCCUUGACCCAUGUUAUUGAGCUUUCUUUCAAAGACCAAAAGCUGGCAGUCAAAUACGAUGCAAAUGCCCUUGCUCUUGGCAUGAAGAUCCGUAACCAGGCUGAAGCUUCUGCUGGUGCUGGUGAAGUUGUCAUGAGAAUGGAAACAAACGCAGAUUACUCUGAUAACCGUGUUUAUUCUCUGAUGACUGCCACUCUUGAUGUCAAUGGUCUGGCUGUAAACAGUGAUGCCAACAUGAAGUUCCUUGACAAUGAAGCUACCCACAAGGCUACUAUGAAAAUGAACAAGGAUGGUCUGACCACAAGUGGAACAACCACACUCCAGAGUCCUCUGUCCCUUGAAAACACCUUUGAUGCUGGAUUUGAUUUCUCCAGAGCUGCUCUGUCCGUUACCAACAAGGCUGCAAUGUAUGACAUGAAGGUUGAUAAUUCUAACUCUCUUACCAUUUCUGCCUCUGGCCUUGAUUUCAACUCAAAGGCUGAAGCCGUGGCCAGUGAAUAUGUCACUUACACUCAUGACAUCAUUGUUGACAUGAAACCCUACACAGUCACUGCAAAUGUUAAUAACAACCUGAAACUCCUGAUGGCCAACUUCAUUAAUGAGGCUAAGCUGCAGGGAGAGCUUUACAAGAUUGACCUGACUGGAAGCAUGAAAGCCAUCUACGGUGAGGAAGAGAUGAAGCACAUCUAUCAGAUAACUUAUGCUGAUAUGACUGCUAAUGCAAAGUGCAGCACCACUGGAAAACUUUUCGGAACCCACAUGAACCACAACACUGAGCUUGAAGUUAUUGGUCUUGCAGCCAGAUUCACAAAUGAUGCUCGUUUCAACUCACAGCCAAUGCGCUUUGACCACAGCAUCCGUUGCAGCAUUGUUCCAUUUGACUUCAACCUUGAUGCCAUUUUCAAUGCUGAUGGAGACCUGACCAUGUAUGGAAAGCACAGUGCUCAACUCUACGGCAAGCUCCUUCUUAAAGCACAACCCCUGGCUUUUGCUAGCUCCCAUGAAUGCAGAGCAUCAGUGACACAGCAGCUGGAAAAUGGCUUUUCUCUUGAGACCACCUUCGACAACAAGAUGGAUACAACUCUGUCUCUUGAUGAGCAGAGGACCAGCUUCAGAAUGAAGUCUAAGAUGAACGAACAUGCUUUCAAUCAAGACAUGAGUGUUUACAACACUGCUGAGAGAAUCGGAAUGGAGGUCUCUAGCACUGUAUUUACAAACAUGCUCAACGCAGAAACCACAGAGAAUCAGGAAUUUACCAUGGCUGGUUUCCUCAAGUAUGACAAGAACACAGAUUCCCAUGUGAUUCAGUUCCCUCUGAUUGAAAGUGUGCCUGCCGUCUUGGAAAGUAUGAAGGGCUUUGUUGUGAAAAUGGCUGAGGCCCUGCAGGACAUCAUGAACAAUGAAGAAAUGAAGGCUAGACUUGAAGCUAUUCCCCAGCAUGUAAGCAACUUUGUUUCUCAAAUGAAUAUCGAAGGUAAAGUGACUCAGCUGAAGCAGCUCGUCAGUGAUUUUACCCAAGACUUCUCCAUCUCCAUGGAAGACGUGGAAGGCUUUUUAGGGCUUGCAAGAGAUGAGGUUCAAAAACUGCUGAAAGAGCUCACAUUUUACAUUCAAAAGUUUGCUGAAAUGACAAAAAAUAUGAUGGAAAAUUUCACCUUGCCUGAAACAAUCAUUCAGAAGAUCCAGGAAGUGUGUGAAGAGUAUGACAUCAAGAAUAUGUUUAUCUAUGUGGUUGAUACCAUGAAGAUGGCCUUUGAGAGCAUUGAUCUGGAAAAACUGAAGGGCACCAGCAUGGCUUUCCUUGUUGACAUUGACAACAAAUUCAACAUCCGUCUUCAAAUGCAGGAGUACUUGGAUGAGGUGAAGUCCAUUAUUGAGAGCAUUGACAUCCACAGAAUUGUUGUUGAUUUGAAGGAGUUCCUUCUUAGCUUUAACUUUCAACGUGCAAUUGAGGAGCUGAUGAUGAACAUUCCCACAGAUAUGUUCACCAAAGUAACCGAUUACUUGAAGGAAAAGAUCCAGGACCUCGACAUUGUUGGUAAAAUCAACACAUUCUAUGCUAAAAUGAGAGAGAUGAUUGUAAAGUUUGAACUUGACACAAAACUCCAAGCUGUUGUGGAAAAAGCAGUGGAACUCAUCAAGCAAUUUAAAAUUGAUGAAACCAUCACUUCUGUUGUCCAGAUGGUGAGAGAUGCAGACAUCCCAGUGAAAUUCAUGCAAACCUUCCAGCAGGCUAUUGAUUACUUAAAAGCAACUGAAGUUAAGGAUAUAAUUGAACACUUGAACAAUUUCAUUGAGACCAUUGUUCAGAAGCUUAAGGCCAUGGAAUAUAAUGACUUUGUAAAUUACAUCAAUGAAGUUAUUGCUGAAUACACAACUUCCAUGAAUGAAAUGAUCAAGACACUUGAAAUCCCCCAGAAACUUGAGGCAACAAGGGAAUUUGUCAAUCUGGCUUUAUCCUCUGUAAGAGACUUCACUGAACAGCUAAGAGAAGUCAAAGUUGCAGACAUUCUGAAGUCUGUCAAGGAUACCUUGGACCAGUUUGUUCUGAAUGAUGCUAAGGUGUUUGCUGAAUUUAUACUUCAGGAAAUUGCCAAUUUCGACGUCAAAGAAAAAAUGACCUCUUUUCUGGACAUGGUGAAAGACUGCUAUAAUGAAGCCAUUGACAGUGCCAAAUUUAUGUUCAGCAGACUGGUAAAUAUGAUGAAGAGGUUUGUACCUGAGCAAAAGAUCAUUGACGAGCUUGACCAGAUGAUCACCGGGCUGAUGACUGAACUGAGCAGAGUUGAGCUUAACAUUCCAUCCUUCACUGUUCCUCUGACUGAUCUUGUUGUGCCCUCCAUGAAGUUUAGCAUGGAUAAGGUCCAAGCAAUUGAAAUCCCAGAACAAGUGGAAAUCCCAGAGUUUACAAUCCUGAACUUCUACACUGUUCCAGCCACCACAAUUUCAUACAUGGAAAUGAAGCAGAAAAUCAUGGAUCUUAUUGAGUUUAUUGUAAACUUUAGGUUCAGCAUGAUUGAUCUGGAUGCUUUCUUUGGAGACCUGAGGAUGAACUACCUUCCUGCAAUGCCUGAGAUAGCCUUCCCAGAAUUCACUCUUCCUGAGAUCUCAUUCCCUACCAUCCCUCAAGUUCCUGUUGAAAAGCUUGUGAAGACUCUGGAAAUUCCUGAGAUCAAGCUGCCAACCAUUCCAAGUGAGUUCAUGAUUCCAUGCUUUGGCAAACUCUAUGGAGAAGUUAAAUUCCAGUCUCCAAUCUACACUGUCAAGACAAGCGCUGAGUUCCAGAAUUCUACUGAAAAUGAAAUGACACCACAGUUCACAGGAUUCUUGUCUUCCAUGGCCACAUCUCCAAGGUUUGAAAUUCUUAAUUACAAACUUGACUCCACUGCUCGUAUUGCAGUCCCAAAGAUGAGCCGUGUUGUUGUUGCAGAGUCACUGAAGCUUAACCAUAUGAUUGUUGGAAUUGACCAUCAAGCAUCUUUGAAUCUCUAUGGCCUAUCAGCCCAGGCCCAAGCCAAGACUGGAUUGAAGGUUACCACUACACCUUACACUGCUGACUUUACAAACACUGCAUUUAUUGCAAUGGAAGGAGGAAUGUCUGCCACUCUUGACACAACUUACAAUCAUCUGUUGAACUGUGAAGUCUUUGAUGUCAGGUCUGAAGUCAGUGUAAGCCAGAAAGUCAUUGCUCGCCAAGAUGGCCUCCAGCUCACUCUAACAGUUGACAAUAACGGCCAGACCAAGUUUAAUGAGAACGAGGGCACUCACAAGAGCAAUCUGCAGAUGACAGUCACUCCCAGCAUUACCACGCUCGCCUUCACUGGUGACACUGACUCCGCCAUGCUGAAGAUGAAACAGGUAAUUAAUGCUGAAAUUGGCACUCUAACUUACUUCAAAUUCAACGUCCGCAAUGAGGCAGGAGCCCCAAUGAUAAAGAACAGUGUUAUUGUGGUUUCUGGAAAUGCUAAUCUUUUUGAUCUGAAAAUUGACAUCACUGCCAACCAUGACACAGAACUGCAUGGUGCCAUCACUGGAGUCCUGUCCAACAGAAUCAACAUUUUGGCCCGUCCAAUGGAGUUUGUCUUUGACUUCCAAAACAAAGGAAAUACCAGAGUCAAUGUUUUUGAAACUCUUAAUGCCAAGAUAGAUUUGCAGAGUGAUUACUCAGCCCUUUUCAAGCCUGACACCCAAAAGAUGAACACCGUGACCAUGGCUCGUCUCAAUCAGUACAAAGUGUUCUACAACUUCACUGCUGACAAUAAUGAAGAUGAGGCUGGAGUCUUUGUUGCCAUGGAAAGUGAGGCCAAUCUCGACUUCCUGACAUCCCCCAUCAGCAUCCCUGAGCUUGAUUUCCCUUUUAUUGACUUCCGUACUCCUGCUAUCAGUGAUCUUAACUUAUAUGAGCAAACUGGACUGAAGGACAUUUUGACUACCACUGAACAGUCUGUUGAUGUGGAUGCCAAGCUUAUGUACAAGAAGAGCAAGGAUGCUCCCGUUGUUGAGAUGGGUCUGAUCCAGAUUCCCAGUUUGGGUGACUUUGUUACAGAGCUGUCCAUGAAAUCUGCCAUCAUCAAUUUGAAUAUUAAUGCUGGACUGUAUACUGAGGAUGAUAUUGUUUUCCGUUUGGGAGCUACCACUGCAUCAGUAUUUGAAGCCCUCAAAGCCAAACUUGAUGGCACUACCAGCCUGACAACCAGCAGAGGACUCAAGUUGGCCAACUCCCUGUCCCUUGAAAAUAAUCAUAUUGAAGGCACUCAUGACAGCAGCUUCAGCGUGAAUCCUGAGACUUUUGAAACAGCAGUCUCUGUUGCUACUGUUGCAAAGAUUGCACUGCCUAUCAUCAACCUGGAAGCAAACCAAAAUUUGGUUGCAGACACCAAAACCAAGCCCAAUGCUGUAUCCACUUUCAGAAUGACUGGUGACAUUAACAUCCCAGUGAUCAAGGCAAUUGUAAAGGCUGAGGCAGAUCACAGUCUGAAGAUGGAGGGAACCUUUGAGUAUGUUUCUAUGGAGUCAUCAACCAGGGGAAACAUGGAUGGCACAGUGUUUGAAGAUUAUCUGGUUCUGGGAGUCCUGGACAAUGAGGUUAAUAUGUACCUGAAUGAAAAUGGCCUGCGCUCCACCUCCAAAGUUAUUGCAGAUGCCAAGCUUAACCGUGGUACCGUCAAAGUCUUCGGCAUGGAUGUAAAUGAGAAUCUUGCAGUUGAAGCCUCCAUGAGCCGUGUCUACGCACUGCUGAAGUAUACUGGCAACAACGAAGCAGAUCUGUUCGAUUUUAACACCAAGGGAAAGCAUAUUGCUCAGGCAACCAUUGACAUUGUACCAAUGCAGUCCUUGACAGCUGAUAUUGAAAUUGAUAUGUCUCAGCCAACCAACAUGGGUGACAUCACCAUCUUUGAGAAGGCUGUUGCUGAAGUGACACCGGCCAAGCAAAUGAUCUCCACCAACACCAAGUUUGUCAGCCCAGUGUACACAACAAACCUUGUAACUGAAGUCGAAGGUAUUGUCCCUGUCUUCAAAGUCAACGUUAAGUCCUCUGCCACCUCUUUCAUGACCUUCCUGGAAUAUGAUAUGGAUGCUACUACCACCACAAACUUUGAGAAUGAUGCUCUGAACAUGAUCAACAAAAUGACCCUGACACAUGCCGACAUGAACAUGGAUGUCAACCAUGUUAUUUCUCAAGCUUUAAGGAGAAAGCGCCAGGCUGAUGAUAGCAUCUCUCGCCACACCCUGAAUGUGGAUAUCAACAGUCCUACCUUCACUGACAUGAACCUGCGUUAUGCUGCUAGCAGAAAUGGUAUCAGUGCCUCAGUAUCUUCCCCAUCUGCUGGCUUCCUGGGUCUUCAGAUCAACGGCAGAAUGCCAGCUCAGAUGAGUGCAAGACUCUACGGUCGUUAUCCUUCUGCACCAGAGGUUGAUGUUGACAUCUUGAUGGUAAAAUCAACUCCUAAGGAUGCUGACAAGAUGAACCUGCAGUUCGCAUACAACAUGGAGGCACCCAAGGCAAUGCUGUCUGAAAUUAAGAUGAAAUUCCCCUCCAUGAUGUCCACCCUCAAAAUGUUUGCUGACAAGUAUGAGAUUACAAGCAACAUGGAGGAGCUGAAGAAUGCUGUUGUCACUCGCAUCGGUGAGGCCUACGACGCUGCCAUCAGCUAUGAUAUUCAAAUGAGCCAGUUGUCCAUCUUCUUCAGGAACAUCUUUGUCCAGUACCAGAAGACUGUUCAGGUCUUCCUGGAUGCUAUCAUUAAGCUCUUGAGGGAGACCCAGUUCAGACUGCCUGGGUCUGAUGAGAUGACCACUCUCCCUGAGGUUCUUAAGAAGCUGACUAGCAGCAUUGCCGCUGUGCUUGAUAAAACCAUCCAGAAUGUGUAUGAGAACAUGGAAGCAUUCUAUGAUUCCCUUGUUGAGUUCUUCAGAAAUGUCCAAGUGCGCAUGCCAAUUGGUGAUGCAAUUAAUGGAGGCCAGAUCAUCGAGAACAUCAAAGCAACUUUCAAGACCAUCUUUGAUGAAGUUGUGGACUUUGUGAAAAAUAUGGAGAGUCUUGACACAAUGCUGGUUAAAAUAGGUGAGACCUUCAAGGCUGUUGUUGAGAAAACUCAGGAGUUUGUUGACUCUCUCAAGUCAGACUAUUUAGAUGCAAUGUUUGUCAACUUCAAUAACUUCUACCUUAGAUUUGUCACUGUACUUAAGAAUGUUGCUGACAAGAUCUCUGAAAUUGAUAUGGAGCAGAUUAACAAUAGAUUUGAGUACAUUAUGGACAUGUUCAUUUACAUGGUGGACCAGUUCAAUACCGCUGUUUACGGUGUCCUGCAGCAAGCUUCAGAGGAAGCCCAAGCCUUUGUGAAGGUUAAUGAAGGAAGGCUUGAGAUCGACCUUCCAUUUCCCUUCCAACAAUAAGGACCCCCCCACAGACUGAAGUCUAAGUCCAUAUGAAACACUACCAUCUGUUAAACAUCUCUUCACUGGAAAGACUAUGAACAAUUUGCUCUUUUGCCAUAUUUAUGAGAACUUAGAAGCAAUUGUUUCUACUUAA